GGUAGGCGCGGGGUAUCGCCGGGAGCGGCGAGGGAAUGACUGGCGGGCGCCUUGUCAUGAACAGAGCCGGCCGGCAAACGGACUUCUCCCCCCACAGAACACUCAAUGUGACGUCAUUUGAUGUCAACAUGGGUGCUUGUAGUGAAAACUUCGAGGAAAAAAAUAUGUGGCCUUGACGGUCGUUGACGUGAUUUUGAUUUCUUUUAACACCUCGUGUGUGUCUCGUGUUCUUUGGGUCCGACCCAACCUAACGGAGGCAUGGUCAAGCGUGAGAGGUGGAGGCAAGAAAGCCCCUGUUCCGCAAAGGAGUAAGCCCCGUUCACUUCCUCGAGGAGCAGCCUCAACUGUAACACCUUGAAGGUGGCAGACAGAGAGAGCGGCGACGGGGAUAAGGAUGGAGAGAGGGCUGAUGGCGAUUGUCGGGGGCGGCUUGGCUAAUCCUUGUUGUCGUCGCUGGGGAAACUGAGUCAACUCUCCCUGAUCCUCACUCGACUGCCGUCCGCGCACCGAGACACAUCGCCCCGCCCCCGCACUCCGUCGUCCUCGCCUAGAAGCAGAACCCGAAGAAGCUCAAGAUGCGCGAGUGCAUCUCCAUCCACGUCGGCCAGGCGGGGUGCCAGACCGGCAACGCCUGCUGGGAGCUGUACUGCCUGGAGCACGGCAUCCAGCCCGACGGCCAGAUGCCCUCCGACAAGACGGUGGGCGGCGGCGACGACUCCUUCAACACCUUCUUCAGCGAGACGGGCGCCGGCAAGCACGUGCCCAGGGCCGUGUUCAUGGACCUGGAGCCCACGGUCGUCGACGAGGUUCGCACCGGGACGUACCGCCAGCUGUUCCACCCGGAGCAGCUCAUCACGGGCAAGGAGGACGCCGCCAACAACUACGCGCGCGGCCACUACACCGUGGGCAAGGAGAUCGUGGACCUGGUGCUGGACCGCGUGCGGAAGCUGGCGGACAUGUGCACGGGGCUGCAGGGCUUCUUGCUCUUCCACUCGUUCGGCGGCGGCACCGGCUCCGGCUUCACGUCGCUGCUCAUGGAGCGGCUGUCCGUGGACUACGGCAAGAAGAGCAAGCUCGAGUUCGCGGUGUACCCUGCACCGCAGAUCUCCACCGCAGUGGUGGACCCCUACAACUCGAUCCUGACGACGCACACCACGCUGGAGCACUCGGACUGCUGCUUCAUGGUGGACAACGAGGCCAUCUACGACGUGUGCCGUCGCAACCUGGACAUCGAGCGGCCCACCUACACCAACCUGAACCGCCUCAUCGGCCAGAUCGUGUCCUCCAUCACGGCCUCGCUGCGCUUCGACGGCGCGCUCAACGUGGACCUCACCGAGUUCCAGACCAACCUGGUGCCGUACCCGCGCAUCCACUUCCCGCUCGUCACCUACGCCCCGGUCAUCUCCGCGGAGAAGGCGUACCACGAGCAGCUCACCGUGGCCGAGAUCUCCAACGCGUGCUUCGAGCCCGCCAACCAAAUGGUCAAGUGCGACCCGCGGCACGGCAAGUACAUGGCGUGCUGCAUGCUGUUCCGCGGCGACGUGGUGCCCAAGGACGUCAACGCCGCCAUCGCCACCAUCAAGACCAAGAGGGCCAUCCAGUUCGUCGACUGGUGUCCCACCGGAUUCAAGGUGGGCAUCAACUACCAGCCGCCGACGGUGGUCCCCGGCGGCGACCUGGCCAAGGUGCAGCGCGCCGUGUGCAUGCUGUCCAACACGACGGCCAUCUCGGAGGCGUGGGCGCGCCUCAACCACAAGUUCGACCUCAUGUUCGCCAAGCGCGCCUUCGUGCACUGGUACGUCGGCGAGGGCAUGGAGGAGGGCGAGUUCAGCGAGGCGCGCGAGGACCUGGCCGCCCUGGAGAAGGACUACGAGGAGGUGGCCAUGGACUCGGUGGAGGGCGAAGGCGAGGAAGAGUAAGGCGCAGCCGCCGUCCCGUCUAGUUUCGUGUUUUUAUCGUUUGACGCUUCGACAAUGUUCGAACUAGUUUGUUUGUGUUAUUUUCCCCGGCCCGUCGAGGCUCAGUUUUAGUUUUGACAAGUUGAUCGUUGUUUUAACGUUCGUGUUUUCCCUGAUGUUAAUUUGUUUGCACCCUUAUGUGUCUCCAGUGGACUUCCUAGGGAUGAAUUAGACUAGGAAAAACGCUAGGAGAUAAAAGUUUAAUCUUUUGCUGAGUUUUAUAAGUUGACAAUAACUUAACAGUAUGAAUAGAGCACAUGACAGCAAUGAUUAAUCUACUAUGAGAUUUGUGUAUGAUUUCCUACAACACUGAUUAUGUACAAUAAUUUGGUCCCCGAAGGAAUGAACAUAAAAUAAAGCAAAACUCAGGAUCA